AUGCUCGGUAUCGAAGAAUACGGCAGUGACACCGACAGCGACGACGACUCUCGACAAGUCCCUACCCAACCUCCACCCAAACCAUCUCCACCUCAGCCAGCACCGUCUGCAAAGCCAAAGCGACCCAAGAAAAUACUAGCCAUAAACCUUCCACCUCCACGAAAUGACGACGACGACGACGACGAGCCUCCAGCCAAGAAACCACGUAUCACAACCAGCAGUGGUCAAGGAGCAGGCAAGUCCUCUUUACUGGGCAUGCUUCCGGCACCAAAGCAGGCUCUUCCUGUGAAGGAGAAGAAGGAAGAGCGUGUGCUCGGAGGCGGGGGAGGUCGUGGACUAGUGUUCCGCAUAACCAAACCUGCAGAGCAGCAGUCUGCGGACGAAGCUGUUGCUGAGAGCGAGACUGGAGCGACGGACGAUACAUCGACAUUGUUCCUUCCACCGUUUAUCAGCAAGGGUAAAGCCAAUAUCUCCCUGGACAGUGACGGUCCCCAGAAAGUAGCUUCCACCUCGAGACGUCUGCCUGCACCAGCACAGACUUUCUUCUCACUUGGUUCCGCAUCUACAUCGACCAGAACUACGCCGUCGUCAGCGCCGUCGUUGGCCGCAGUGUCGAGUGCACCGUCGACUUCGAUAUCGUCAGCCCCUGCUAUCCCAACCUUCCGGCCUCCAUCUCCAACCUUAGACGACCCCUACCCAGGAUACUACCAGCUCCCUUCUGGAGCAUAUGCCCCCUACGACGCAGACUAUUACGCUUCCUACGCACGCAAAUGGCAGGCCGAGUACGACAAACAGAUUCGUGAACUUGAAAAGUCACAGUACAACCUCCAGACAGAGGAUGUGCAGGACGUCGACAUGGCCGCAGAGAUGGAGAAGGCGCGCCGCGAGAUUCAGGUGCGCGAGGAGAGGAAGGCUCUGACAGCUGGCAAGGCCAAUAACAAUGCAGACGGAGAGCCAGAGAUGCCAAAGAUGAAUGUCAAGGGUGCCAAGUUGGGGUCGGUGGCGAGGUCGAGACACCAGUUGACAACACUCCUCACCGAAGCAUAUUUGAAUCGGGAGGCCUUGGAGGAGAAGAUUGCCCAGGCGAGGAGGAACCGGAAAGAAGCCUGGAAAUAA